UUCAAGAUGCUCUAACUGAACUGGAACAAGGUCCAAAACCGAACACAAAAAGGACCGCUUCUUCUACCUCUGGUCAAAUAAACAGGCAAUACACAGACACACACACAAGAAAUUAAGAAAAUGGAGUUUUCAGAGUUAAGAGAAGCAAUAGAGAAGGUGGGAUUAGUAGACGCUCAUGCUCACAACAUUGUAGCUCUCGAUUCUUCAUUUUCUUUCAUCAAUGCCUUCACUGAAGCCACUGGCACCGCUGCCUUGUCCUUUGCCCCUCACUCCCUCUCCUUCAAGAGAAAUGUGAGGGAGAUUGCGGAGUUGUAUGGAUGUGAGAAUUCAUUGAAAGGUGUUGAAGAAUAUCGCAGAUCGUCAGGGUUGGAAUCUAGUAGCUUGAAAUGCUUUGAAGCUGCGAGGAUAUCUGCUAUAUUGAUUGACGAUGGACUGAAAUUGGAUGAGAAGCUUGGUAUUGAGUGGCACAGGAGUUUGGCUCCUUUUGUUGGUCGAAUUUUGAGAAUUGAAACCUUAGCUGAGGAAAUUCUUGAUAGUGAGAUACCAGAUGGCUGGACACUGGACAAGUUCACUGAAGCUUUUGUUAGAAAAUUGAAAUCAGUUGCUGAUAAGAUAGUUGGUUUGAAAAGCAUAGCUGCAUACCGCAGUGGUCUAGAAAUUAAUACAAAUGUUGCUAGAAAAGAUGCUGAGAAAGGCCUCACUGAAGUUUUACGUGAUGGGAACCCUACUCGCAUAGCAAACAAAAGCUUUAUCGACUAUAUUUUCACGCUGAGUCUAGAGGUUUCUCUAAGCUUUGACUUGCCGAUGCAGAUACACACCGGUUUUGGAGACAAAGAUUUGGAUUUACGGUUGUCCAAUCCUCUUCAUCUUCGAAUGCUUCUUGACGAUGAGAGAUUUUCCAAGUGUCGAGUUGUUCUCUUACAUGCAUCAUACCCAUUUUCAAAGGAAGCAUCAUACCUUGCCUCUGUUUAUCCCCAGGUGUACCUUGACUUUGGAUUGGCUGUUCCUAAACUCAGUGUCCAUGGCAUGAUAUCUUCUGUCAAUGAACUUUUGGAAUUAGCCCCAAUAAAGAAGGUUAUGUUCAGCACAGAUGGCUAUGCAUUUCCUGAAACUUACUACUUAGGUGCAAAGAAAGCACGCGAAUGUUUAUUUUCUGUUCUACGUGAUGCAUGCAUUGAUGGUGAUCUCACAUUAGCUGAAGCUAUUGAAGCAGCUAAAGACAUUUUUGCUCUAAAUGCUAUUAAAUUUUACAAGAUUAAUGUGGAUGCAAAUGCUUUUAGUUCAAAGGAUACUGUUUCUGUCAACCCUGUGAAGAUUGAGAGUAGAGCUCUAGAAAAUAGCAGUUCACUUGUUCGUGUCAUGUGGGUUGACACCUCUGGACAGCACCGAUGUCGUGCUGUUCCAGUAAAGCGCUUCAGUGACAUUGUUAGGAAGAAUGGUGUCGGCUUGACUCAUGCAUCUAUGGGGAUGAGUUCAGCUGCUGAUUCUCCAUCAGAUGAGACUGGUCUUACUGGAGUAGGUGAGAUCAGACUAAUACCUGAUGUAACAACCAGAAAGAAAAUUCCAUGGAUGGAACGGCAGGAAAUGGUUUUGGCUGACAUGCAUCUUAGACCUGGUGAACCUUGGGAAUAUUGCCCAAGAGAGGCCUUACGAAGGGUUUUAAAAGUUUUAAAGGAUGAGUUCGACUUGGUAAUGGAUGCAGGUUUUGAAAAUGAGUUUGUGCUCUUGAAGAGUGUAUCAUGGGAAGGGAAAGAAGAAUGGGUGCCCAUUGACUCAGCUCCCUACUGCUCUACAGCAUCAUUUGAUUUAGUUUCCCCCAUACUUGAUGAAAUAGUUGGUGCUCUUCAUUCCUUGGAUAUUACAGUGGAGCAGUUACAUGCAGAAUCUGGGAAAGGUCAGUUUGAAUUGGCCAUGGGACACACGACCUGCCCACUCUCUGCUGACAACUUAAUAUAUACCCGUGAAGUUAUUAGGGCUAUUGCAAGGAAACAUGGAUUAUUGGCAACUUUUGUUCCAAAGCUUGCAUUAGAUGACAUUGGUUCUGGAUCCCAUGUGCACAUUAGUUUGUUGAGAAAUGGAGAAAAUGUUUUUAUGGCAUCUGGUGGAUCUUCCAAGCAUGGGAUUUCAAGCAUUGGAGAGGAGUUUAUGGCCGGGGUUUUGCAUCAUCUUCCUUCGAUUUUGGCCUUCACAGCGCCAAUUCCAAAUAGUUAUGAUCGAAUACAACCAAACACAUGGAGUGGAGCAUACCAGUGUUGGGGAAAAGAAAACAGGGAAGCUCCAUUAAGAACUGCUUGCCCACCUGGUAUCAUAGAUGGUUUGGUGAGCAACUUUGAAAUUAAAUCUUUCGAUGCAUGUGCAAAUCCAUACUUGGGCUUGGCUGCUAUAGGGGCUGCUGGCAUAGAUGGCCUUAGAAAGCAUCUUCGUCUGCCUGAACCUAUUGAUAAAAACCCUUCUCUCUGUGCAAACCUUCCUAGAUUGCCUCAAUCACUUCCUGAAUCUCUAGAAGCUCUUAAGAAAGACAGUGUGUUGGAGGAUCUUAUUGGGGAAAAGCUUUUGGUUGCUAUAAAAGGAGUUCGCAAGGCGGAGAUUGACUAUUACUCCCAGAAUAAGGAAGCAUACAAGCAAUUGAUACACCGUUAUUAGGCAGGCCAUUCUUCGCAGAUUGGAGGGAAAAUAAUGGUUUAGCAAACCCAUGCAGAAUUUUCUAUUCUAUUUGUUUGAAUUCGCACCAAAAUCUAUAUGGGACAUGAAUGAAGACGAUGAUUAAACUAGUUUUUAUAUUUAAAUAAAAUAAAUUUCUACUGCA